ACAUUUGCAUAUCAUAUCUUAAGCAACAAUAUAAGAAACCUCAAAUCUAAUCCAAACAAAAUCCAAAUCAUUUCUUUUGUCUGAAUGGUGAGAAACUCAAUGAAGACUGAGCACAAUCUUGAUCAUCAUCUUCCUCAUCAAAGCUUUAAUGGAGAUUAUUCAAAAACUUUGGUUCCCAUGAACAAGAACUCCCAAAUAGUUACCAAGAUCAAGCCUAAGAUCCGUAUCAUCCAUAUCUUUGCGCCGGAGAUUAUUAACACUGAUGUCAAGAACUUCCGUACACUCGUCCAAAGUCUGACCGGAAAACCGAAUAUCACCAAGACCAGUAGUAAGAAAGAGACGACGAGAAUAAAUAUUCCUGCGCCACCGCCUCCACCUCAAGAAUCAGGCCAAGAGCAAACGGCGGAGCAUGUUAACAUGAUUAUAGGGAGCCAUGUGGUGAAGGAAGAAUGGGGCUCAGAUUCAAACACAAACACUUACUUUGAUUUAGAUGGUUUUAUUGAUCUUGAUGAAGACGACAACAUAUUCUCAAGUCGAUGGUUUGAUCUUCAGCAGCAAUAAAUAAACUCAGACACACCUUCCCCUAAACUCUAGAGGUUGCAAAAUUUUCAUCAUCUCUCGAUUGUUCGCUGAACGUGAAAUCUCCGGUAUUAAGAUCUCUAAACGCUUUCUCUCUUCCCUUUUACAUCCCACUAUCUCGGAGAAUUUCUAUUUUGUUUUGUUUAGUAUCUA